AUGGCCGAAGGAUUCAUUCAUCCAUCUAAUGGAGGAAAUCGAAACUCCUUGGAAGAUAUUGGUAAUGAUUACUUCCUUAGUCUGUUGUCCAACUCUUUCUUUCAAGAUGUACAAAAGAAAGACAAGUUAGGUGACAUUAAAACAUUUAAAAUGCAUGAUUUAGUACAUGAUCUUGCGUUAAGUGUUGUUGUUGGCAGUCAGGAAGUCACGAUUCUGAGUACAAGUGAAAUGGAAAACGAUGUGUCUCAAAUUCGUCGGCUACGGUUAAUCACGGAAGGAAUACCAAAAAAAGAAUUUGAUAUAUUAAAGGGCGCAACAAAAUUGCGGACAAUAUUUUUCCAAGAAGAAGGUUUCGUUUUUCCUAGUGCACCGAGUAACAAGCGUCUACGUGUAAUAUAUCGGCUAUCUUCUGCUCGUGGAAAUAUGAAAACUUCUAGCUUAAAGAUUAAACACAUAAGGUACCUAGACCUCAGUUAUUCUAGUCUUGAAGAUGUUCAUGCUGAGUCCAUUCAUCAACUCUACAAUCUACAAACUCUCGACCUUUUUUAUUCCAAAAAUGUUCAAAACGUUAUCAAAGAAGGAAUUGGCUCUUUGAUUAAUUUGCGACAUUUAGAUUUAUGUUUAUCAGACGCCAAACUUCUACCUGAUUCUUUGACGAUGCUCACCAAAUUGCAAUUAACACUUUUCGACUGCAAGAGUUGUGAAAAAUUAGUAGGCUUGGGUCAACUCCCGUGUCUUCAGAUUCUUGAGAUGCAAGGAAUGAAUUCAAUCAAGUGUUUAGGUAAGGAGUUUUAUUACAACCAAGAAGAAGAAGUAGAAGAAGGAAACAAAGGUUCUACAGCAACUGCAAGAACGUUAUUCCCUUUCUUAACUGAGUUGUACAUCAUCGAGUUCGAAAAUUUGGAAGAAUUGUUCGCACCUCCACCACCUGAUAAUUUCUUCCAUUGCCUUGAGAAACUAGGGAUCAAAGAGUGCGAAAUAGAGGAAGCAACCAUUCGAGAGUUGAGAACACUUGGAGAUUAUAUUAAAUUCCCUGAGUGUUCUCUUGGUUGUGUAUCUGCUGACAAUCGAAUUACUGGUUUCCUUGCUGGAUAUAAUACAAGAAAAGGUGUCGAAAGGCAUUGCACGAUAAAUGAGUUGCCUUUCCGCGACACUGACAUCAUUCAGAUGUUACUGAAGGCAGUUGAGGAGAGAGCUGAGAAGAAGUAA